AUGACAGACGUUAAGGAUAUCACGCCGGAUCUUGACCGGUUGGACGACCAGCUAGAUGAUCUCGAGGAGACACUGCAGCCUCUGCUCGGUAACCUUGAGGGUAUGGCCUCUGAGUUGCCCCUAUUGGACAAGGCAAAGCUAUUCUCGUUAACAGCUUACGCGAUUGAAUCUCUUCUCUUCUCUUCAUUGAAACUGGAAGGCUCUGAUACACAAACCCAGGCUGUUCUUACUGAACUCAAGCGAAUUCAGCAAUACUUUGGUAAAAUCAAGAACAUUGAGGCUCCUCCCGCGGAAGAAUCGCGUUCUAUGACAGUUAACCAAGAGGCUGCGGCGCGUAUUUUGAAAGCAGAUCUGUCCGAUAACAAGACAAUCAGCAACAGGCUUGCUGAGAAGAUCGCAGAAGAGCGAGCCAAGGCUCUGCUCAAGUCUGUUGAGAACCGCAAGCGACCAGCGGAAGAGUCACCUGUCCCGUCGCAAGUAAGCUCUACUGAAGGAAAAGAUAAGAGCAAGAAGAAGCAGAAGAAAACCAAGAAGGGCAAGUCGAGGAACUGA